AUGGACGCCUUGGCCUUGCUCACACCGGCCUUGUUUGGCGUGACUGCCAUGUUCUGCGCGGCAAGACUCAUCGCCAAGGCCUGCUGCAGUCCUUCUGAAAUGCCUGGCGACGACGAAUACCACGACGUCCGCAACCACGUCUUCUUCUCCAGAAUUCCUCAUUCGUGUUCGUUUCCACUCGUUUCAUCCCUUUUGCAUGACUGCAAAAUCUCCUUCAUAGAUCAUGAGAGAUCUCAUAUAAAACGGCAAAUUAAGUAAACAAAUCGAAAUGUGGCCCAUAUAUUAUAUGGGAGCAUCUGUUUUUCGCUUGUGUUUUUUCCGAAACCGUUUCUAGAAAUCACAAUUUAUGAAAAACACUAGCAAACAACACGUUCAACUAGCUAUCUCAAAACAAUCAAAAAACCUUUCAUCUUUGGUUUUUUCGGCCAAAAAUAGGAAGCAAUCGCCCACGAGCCUGACAACGGCCAAAAUAUUAAUUAUAUGAGAAAGUCACCCUUUUUUUAGAAACUCAAUACGAUGUGAAAAUCCGUUUUUGAAAGUUGAUGUGAUUUUCCUUUCUAAUUUUGGAAGGUCGGCGAAAGCUGGCGCAAAAAAACACAUUGAAAAAAAAUAAUACCAUUUUUAAAAAAGGAUUUUUUUAAAUUUCAAUUUGAAUGAAAAAUGUUUAUUUUUUUAAAUAUGUAAAAAUUUAAAUUGUCUUUUACUGAAAAAAAGAAUUAUGACGUCUAAUUACCUGUCUAGUUGUUCUAAAUACUUUUUUUCAUAAGUAACUUAUGAAAAAUACUUUGUUAUUUCAAUUUUCGUAGGUUGUCUUGAAAAUUUGAACGCUUCGAGUUGGAAAACCGAAAAUUUGAAAGCCGAUUAAAGUCUAGUUGUACCUAGGCUUUGAUGAGAGAUGCUCAUGAUCAUCUCAACUUGAAUGGAAAAUGUUUCCAGACAGCCGGAUUGUGUUGGACGAGUCAGCCAACGUACAAAGCGUGACAAUCACUCGAAUCCAACAGACUUCGCCCUACUUUAUGAGUCAGUUUCUCUUCUUCUUCUUCUUCAAAAAUAUUAUUCUGUCUCGAAAACAAUCUUUAACGAAAUUUUUAUAAGGAAAUUCACACGCAAAUUUCGACAAGUAUUGGUAAAGCGGAGGAAAAACAAGUUAAUGAAAAAAAGAAAAGAAAUGAAAUGUGAGAUGUUUGGAAAACGGCGGAGAGUGAGGAAGUGGAGACCCGUUAAUGGGGAAUUCGUUCUGGCAGAAUAGCAUUGAUAAGAUUUCAAAUAAUUUCCAUGUUUUUCAAGGAAUUGUCAGGGAGAAGAGGGCUUUUGGCACAUUAUCGUAACCCGAACGAUGAGCCACCCUUCAAUUUUAAUGCCAAAACCGUGAGCACUCAAGACUAUUUUGCCAAACAACCAAAGUGGAAAUAA